AGAGGUGGAGCAAUCACGUGAUUAGAUUGCGAUCGCGCAGUUCCUGGAAUAAACAAAAACAAAACAAAUGACAACCCACAUAGGAUGUGGAUUAUUACUACAUGACAUAAGCUUCGACGCGUUGAAAUUUUAUUUUAAUCAUGUGAAUAGCAGCUUGGAAAACGUUUGUUAGUUGAAACCAAGCGUUAUAUGUGCGAACAGAAAGCUAGCCUAGCUUAGUUUAGAUGAUUUUCAUCCGCAGGUUUCGUUUUCUAAAAAACAAACUCGACAUAAUUUGUCUAAUUUAAGCGAAAUGCAGAUAGCGGUCUUCACGGCCUAGGUAUGCGAGCCCUUUUAACCGAAAAUCUAACAUUUAGUGUGCUGUUUACGUUUAGGGACUGUCCUUACUUAGACAACACAGAAAGGACCUAAAGCUGUUCCAGCUGCGGUUUGCUGUUUAUAAAGAAAACAUAAGAUGACUUGUCGGUUUCAGCCGAGCUGUAGUUUUCAGUUGAUCGUUUCCACCAAGAGACUCUUCUGUCGGCUGUGUGUGACUGUGAUCUGAGCUGGCGUGCGCUUAAAAUGGAGGCUGUGAGACCAAAGAAGACCAAAACAAAAAGCAGCGGAAAACCUCAGCUGGCCAGGAAGCAGAAGCAGGCGGAUGAAAAUAAUAUAAACACAGAGGCCUCCAGCUCUGAAUUCACCGAGAUCCCCCUCAGCUUGCCUCCAUGUCCUCCUCUGGAGAGCCAGGAGGAGCAUGAGAAUCCGGUCCAAAGCUCAGAGACAGCAGCGCAGCCAUCAGAACGUCCCACUGAGACACUGCAGACCUCCUUGGCUCAGACUUUAUCCACAACAGAGUUGAAUCAAUCUCUACAGUCAUGUUUGAUUUUGUCAAAACUGGAACCACAAGUUACGGUACAUCAGUCAACAUCAGACAAGGUGGAAGAAAAGGACGGAGGGGCAGAAUUUCAAGGGACUGACCUUAAAGUUGCUCAACAAACAACUGAGUUAGAAAAAGACUUACAGCUGUGGAAUCAGCCUUUUGCUACAGCUCCGUUUGACAAUCCAAGUGUCCCUGCUUUGUACCCAUCUCUUCCUACACUGGAGGAGGUUUCGGUGAUGCAGCUUUGUGAGGAAGCUGAGAAAAAUUGUGGGAGGGAACCUGCAGUGUUGGCGCUUCCUGAACAGGAAUCUUCUCCUCUGAGUUUGCAGCCGUUGAAAUCCGUAGCUGAACUGUCAGGCAGCAAACUGUACCCAGAGUUACCCAAAACAGCACCAGAGAUCCAGGCAUUCUCAUUGGAGCAGCUGAGUGUUUGGGAGCCAGGCGGAGGGUUGCGAGCUUGGCUGGAAGGCGUUGAACUUUGUGCGGCCCAGUUCUGCGCUCUGGCCCAUCAGGAGAACCACGAAUUGACAGAGUUGCUGCAGAACUACUGGCGCUGCCGCAGACAGCUGAACCAGUCACACACACAGCUGCACACACAGUUGUCUGACUGCAAAAGUACACAGAAUCGCCUGUGGAGCUUUAGAGAUGAACAGCUCACACUUCAGGGUGUGUGUGCGGACCAGUCUAAGGUUUGUGGAUACCAUCGUUUCCAGCAGGCAGAGUUCAGUCAGACUGUUCUGGCUGAGCUGCGGGUUCUGUUUGAGACUUGCAGUGAGCUGCUCCAUCAGAAAGUGGUGCUGCAUGCCUACACUGCUCUGCUGUCACGCCUGCAGGUGGAAUCAUACUUGUAUCACCUACUUAAAGGUGAGGGCAGUAGCAGAGUGGAUCGUUCUGCUACUGUAAAGUGGAAUCACAGCAGUUGUUGUCUUAGUUUGUCGUUGUUGUUGUUGUUGUUUACAGAUUUCUCUGGCAAUCGGACGCAGCCUUGUUCUCUCCAACCUCUAAAAGAAGCCAUCAGUGUUCUGUUUAGUUUCACCCGUAGAGUCCUCGAUGACACCCAGUUCCAGACGGACAUCCAUCAGUGGCUGGAGAGACUGGUUGUCAUCCUGUUGCGUGUUGGAGGAUCAGAGGAGCACCUUUACCUGCUGAAUCAUCUUUUAAUUUGCCCUGCUGGAGUGGGAAAGUGGGCUGCACCAUUUCUUCAGAUUCAAGUUCAGACAAAUAGCUCUGGUGUGCAGCAUUUCAUGCAAGCCCUAGCCAUCUUAAUGUCACCUGCCAGGCACCGUGCAGAGUUUCUCAGUCAUAUGAAACCAUGUGAGAGCCAGACAUCUGCAUCUUCAGGACCUGAGUCUGGAAACUGGACCCUUGUUGAUGAAGGUGGAGAGGAGGAUGAGGACCCGGAGACCAGCUGGUUGCUGCUCUGUGAAGACGAUCUGAUCUCCCUGCUGAACCAGUUCCCCUUCCAGCAGCUCUACUCGCACAUGCUAGGAAUGAGCAAGCAGGGUGUGUACGAGCCCCGAGCCUGCUCCAGUCAGAAGAUGAUGCGGGUCUUUGCUUUUGCUUCCUCGCUCAUAGAAAUUCUGGCUCUUGGCCUGCAAACAUACAACAGAGCACGUUACAGGCAGCUAGUCAAACGAAUAGGACGCAUCAUACGAAUGACUGUGUGCUAUGUUAGUGAUCACUGGGCUCAGUAUGUGAGUGUGACCGAUGCUGCUGGAUCUCAUGUGCACUCUAUGUCUUUGGAAAAACUGCAGCUGGAAUAUGAUCACCUCUUCCUCCGAGCUGUUUUGCAUGUGCUCAGAAACAAAAGGCUGGGCAUCUGGUUGUUUAUGUCGGAGAUGCCGUAUGGGACUCUGUCCAGCUCCAUGCUGUGGAAAGUCCUUUAUGUGAUGCAGUGUGCAGAAACAGCAGGACUAAAACCACUCAGUGCUGCUGCUGACACACAAUCCUGCAUUCAAGCUCUCAGAGAUCCAAAUCACCAGCAGAGAUUUGAGCAGUGGCUGUGUGAGGUGAACAGCUCUGAUGGCAUCUCCCUCCUCACCGCGCUAGCUCACAUGGUAACACCAACCCAGCGCUCUGACCCCUCGUUCAUCACAACCAUCACUCAGCUGAUUUAUCAGGUGUCUUAUGUCAGUUUGGCAACAAGAGAAACUUACUCCAAGGUGGGGAGGGAGUUGCUGGCUGCCAUAGCAACAGCCCAUCCCUAUAUAAUCUCUGUGCUACUAGAGAAAUUACGAGAAACCAUACAGACUGUGGGAUUGAUGGCUCUGUACUUGUGUAAGGAGCUGCCUCUGAGCCUGUGGCAGCCGCGGCCAGAGGAAAUAUCCGUGAUCGGAGCCUGGUUGCUCCAGAAUCCGCUGUCUGCGGUGGAGAACCAGUUAGCUUGCGUUAUCCUGGAGGGUCUCAACUGGGGUUACAACCAGGACAGCUCUUUGGCCCUGUCUUCUGUCCUCCACAAUGAGGUGGCUUUGCUGGUGGCUGAAGCCUAUCAGACGUACCUCACAGAUAAACCAUACAGUGGCCUGAUAUCAGAGGGAAUCAAACAGGUGUCUUACCUCGCCAGCGUCCUCCGUGUUUCUCCUGAAGCAUCUUUUAGUCAGUGGGCGUGGCAGCUAUUGCUGAGGCUGAAGCUCCACGGUAACGCCCAGAGCCCUAAAGGAGCCUGGGUGGUUCCUGCUUUGGCGCCUAACCCACCUCCAGAGCGUACACAUGCUCCCAGCAUGCACUCUGUUCUCAGGGCUGUAAAAGCAGGCCUCCCUAUUGGGUUCUACCUGUCACUUGCCAUGACUUCAGUGGGACAUAGACUGGAAAACUUUUGUGCUGAUGGAGUUGAGCUGUUAAAAGGUCUGAUUCAGUCUCGCUACCUGAGAGCCGCUGUGCAUCUGUUGGAUAACAUCCUGCCGCCCACCUACCCUUUGAGCUUUUACCUGCUCAACAACGCUCAGUUUGUGACUUGUAUCCAGCUGUUUUUGCAGUACGACAGCGUUUGUCCUCAAGGCGUGACGCAGCACGUCACGCACAGAGUAGCGCCGCUUCUGACCGGAACCUCUUACGGAGACAACGUCCGCCUCCUGAACAGUGUCAUUCAGAGUCACGUUGUGGAAAGCUCUCGGCCCGGUCGUGUCGGAGCUGCUGCGGUGCUGGAGUUCUGGGUGGGAAUCCUGACUCAGCAGGCUCUUUGGUAUCGAGACAAAACCGUCCUGUUCCUCUUGGAUCAGAUUUGCCGUGCUGCCUUCACUCACCGCCAGGAGGAAUGUGUGCACAAACUCCUCUACCAGCAGCAUAAGAGUGCCCUGGGUUACCAUGGUGAUCGGGGUUUUCUAUCCUCUCUGGUUGGCUGGAUCUCUGGAAAUGCCACACCAUCCUUCAUCGAGGGCCAAUCUCUGAGUGGAGAAGUCUGGUUUGCCUGGCUGGUGCUGAACAUGGAGGGGAUGUUUGAGGAAGAGUCUCAGCUGAGACGAUGUGUUGAACAUGAGCUGCUGUCAGAAUCCAAUAUCUCCCCAGAUCAAGCCUUAAAGAGAGCACAGCAAAGGCUGAAACUGCCCGUAGCUCCAUCUCUACAGCGGCUGCAGGUUUAUCGCUGGGCGUGUCAGGCUCUAGCCACCCCACCCGAUCACCCCCUCCUUCCUCUCAUCUGGCAGAAGUUCCUGCAGCUCUACCUCAGACAGCCUGGACCUGAGUAUGGGCUGGCUGCAGGGGGGUGCAUCGGACGAAGGUUCUUCCAAGUUUCUUCUCAGGCUGCUUUACUUAAAAAUCUGAGGCUGAGGAUACAAGCGGUGUCAGACUUUCACUACGCUGCCAGCCAGGCCCUCAGGGUGCCACCACUAAACACGCCAUCAUCAGACAUCCAGAGUGAGCCCACCUCCGGCAACGCCCAGCCGUCUUACCUCACCUCCCCUCAGCUCCACUCAGAAAUGGUCCGGUUGUUUGGUGUAUUUGCUUUGUGGAUGGAUGAUGAGAGUUUGCAGAAACAGGAGGUGUACCUUCCCUCCCUCCCACCUGAGUACGAAGCUCACAAACUGGCUCAGGUCAUGCAGCGGCAGCAGGAACUCUGGUUGGAGUACAUAGACCAGGAGCGUCUGCAGUAUGAUGAGAAGGAGGUUUUGUCUCUGUGGCAGAAGGUGCAGAGUGAGCCGACGUUCCUGCAGCCUCCGAGUCCAGGGUUUACGGACUACACCAGCCUCAAUAAUGCCAAAGAGCGCAUACUGUCCAACCUGCAGAAGCACCUGGCUCCCCUUCCUGCUCCUGAGCUCCAGGAACAGACGGCUCCAGUGGCCGACGUUCCCGCUGCCUGUCUCACAGACUUUAAAGCUGCUGCUAAACUCUUACAGCAGGACCUCAGCAUCUUACAAGAUCAGGCCAGGGUUGCAGUUGCACGCGAAGCCCAGCAGGUGGCGAUGGAACAGGAGCUCCUGGAGAGCUUUCCUUUGCUUUUUAAGAACCAACCAGAGCAAGUCAACAUGGCUCUGGAGUGUAAAGGGAAGGGAGGACAGCCAUGUCAGGGACCGGCCAGCAUCACCGUCACGUGUGAGCGUGUCCAGAGACAAGAGGCAGUUUAUAACCAGAUCACAUCGCUGCGUAGAGACAUCAAGAAGCUUCAGACUGAUUCUAUGGCUCCUCCCCCUCAAAGCCUGGCCAAAGCUGCCGUUCACACCGAGAACUUUAUAACGGCUCUUGUGAACAUUUACAAAGCUCAGAAAUCUCCAGCUGUGCAGCAAGUUGGAGUGUCUGCUUUCUACCAGGUGGUUUCAUUUGUGUGUGAGGACACGCUGCGACACCCACCAACACGGCAGUAUCUGUCAUCGUGUGUGGAGAUACUGGGCCAGGUUUUCAUGCAGGGUAAUGCAGGGGAGUGCAGUCACGUCCUAAAGACCAUCCUAGAGCAGAGGCUUCUUUGUCCUCUCAUCUCCCCCUUCUUCACUCCUAACGCAGCGUCUGAUCAGUUUGUCUUCCUCUAUCAAGACGUGGUGACGUCUCUUCACCUUGACACUGCUGAUGUCAUUUUCAUGCUGCUCACUAAGUUUGACUUGUCCCAGUGGCUGAGUGAGGCUCAUCCUGUGUUUUCGGAGAGAACUCGUCUGCUGGAGUUGGUCCACGGUGCUCUCUGCGUCUGCGGACGGGACCCCGAACCUGAACUUCUCAUUCCUUUUCACCUUUUCACCAAACACUGGACUUUACUCAUUCGCCACCAUUUCCCAGACCAUUACAGCGACUGCCUGCGUCUGCUCAUGACCAGUUCAUCAAACCAGUUGCUGAGUCCAGAGUGCUGGAAGGUGACACUGCGAGUGCUCGGCUGCUUGCCUCCAACUCGCAGCACGAAUAGCAAAGCUGAACCAUCCAUCGGCGCCGCUGUUGCUGGACCCACUGCCUCUCCCUACAGAUCCCCCAUCAGCCUCUCUCCUCGGCAGGUUGAGGAGACAGUCGAGUGGCUAAGUGACUACUUCCUACGGAGUCGUCUCAGUAAGUCUGACCUGCGCAGCUUCGGCCUCUUCUCUGUUUGGGUUCCUUACAUCAGUGAUGUCGCUACCUUCUGGGAGCAUCUGAUUGGUUGUCUCAUCAGCGCUCAGGUCAACAGCUGCACCAGAGAGAUUAUGGGAAGCAGCAAAAUCAUGAAAGCUCUGCAGGACCUGCACAGUAAGGUUGUGAAGUUAUUUAAGCCCUGGAUCUUUCCUCUGGACACUGGUGAGGGCGGUAAGUGCUACCCCUGGUUGGAGACUGAUGCGAAUGCAGCAGGUCACCUGGUCGGUCUGUACGUUCAGCUCGUUGACGUGCUUCAUCACAAAUUCAGAGAUCGUCUGCGGCCCAGUCAGAGAGGCGCUCUGUGGUUGUGUUUGAUGCAGUACUGUGAGAGCUGCACCUCCCCACGCACACCUGAGUACCUGCUCUACCUGUACCACACACACCUCCGCAGCCUGCCCUGGAGACACCUGCAUCCUGACACUCGGCUCAUGGAGCAGUUUUUCAAUGUGGAGAGAGGAAGUCCCAAGAGCUGCUUCCUGUUUGUGGGAGAGCUGAUGUGUGAAGUGAAUUGGGUCAGUGUUCUCAGUGACCACCUGCAGACACCUGCCAGCUCUACGAUGUACCCAGCUCCAUCAGAUGCGGGCAUGCAGGAGGAGUCCCACACCAUGCUGGUCUAUCUGUUAUACAUGCUCGUGUUUCUGGCGAAGGAGGACGAACUCCUGAGCAAACAGGACUCCCCUUUGCUCAGUCUGCUGGUCCAGUCCACCUCCCUGCCCUGGCACCAACUUGACCUCUCCUCAUACCAGGGCAUUCUGGGAUAUGUCAGCACCCACUACCCUCCCUCUCUGCUACUCAACACAGACUCUGCUUCUCAGCUUCUGCUGAAGCUGCUUCGUAGUGCUGCAGGUCUCCACCCACACCCCAGCGAGGCUCCUCACCAGGAGGAGACAAUGAAAGCUGGAGGUUACGUUUGCUGGUGUGUUCAGUCACUGGUGACGCUGGAACAAACAGGUGGCGUCAACCUCAGCAGCCUGGAGGCUCAGCUGGAGACACUUUUGGAAAGUGUUGUGACGUUCAACCCUCCACAGGUGGGUUUGGAGCAGAGACACAUGGCGUUCUGUGGUCUCUUCAGUGAUGCCUUGGCUUUGCUGAAUGGAGUCGGGGUCUCGACAGGCGAGGCGUUAGCUGCUCACGUUAUCACCUGGCUGGAUAGGAAGGGGAGGGGCUUUCCGAUUCUGCCCCUUCUCACGGCCUGCUCCCGCUGCCUCGCAUCAGUGCGACACAUGACGCGCAUUGUGGAGGCUUGCAUCAGAGCACACUUCAGCCAUGCUGAGGAGGAGUCUGUGGGUUGGGGUCCUGUGUUGGCGUCGCUGCAGGUGCCUGAACUCACAAUGGAUGACUUCCUCUCCGAGAGCCAAUCAGGAGGCAGCUUCCUGACACUCUACGCCUUCAUCCUGCAGCGUCUCAACACUGAAUACACCGCAGUCAAUGAGAGGAGGAUUCUGGCUCUCAUUACCACAUGGACCACCCAGGUCUUCCCAAGUGGUCCAGAUGAUGAAGCUAAACUGUUCCUCUGGUGGCACAAAGCACUGAAUCUGUACGUGGAGCAGCUGCAGCCGCAGGCGGGACACACUGAGGUGUCGGGAGUCGUCAUGGGUCUAAUGAGACUGCAAAGCAGGCUGCUUCAGCUCGGAGAGGAAAGACUGAACUCUGGGCUCCUGGGAGCCAUAGGACUUGGGAAGAGGUCCCCUGUUUCUAAUAGGUUCAGGGUGGUGGUACGCAGUCUGGCCGUCUUCCUGUCCAUCCAAGUGUCAUCAGAGACAGAGCUUAGACUCCAACCCACCACUGACCUACGGCUGUCCGUAAAAGCACAACAAAUGCUGGGGAUGUUGGAGACGAUGUCCAGCAAUAAGCAGUACGCGGAAUUAGAGGAGCCUUUGAAUAAAGUCGUCCAGUUCAUCCGUUAUCCCGGACAUUGUCUCAGAGAUGGCCCCCGACUGCUUGCGCUGCUUGUCAACCUCUUGUACUCAGACCUCAGAUACCUACACGUCAUUCGUUAACCUGACGGAGAUUUGAAGGACGAAGCGACUGGAAGCGUCUGCCUUUAGCAGACAAAACCUUACUUGAGCACAAAGUUUUCAAAUAAUGACCCUGAUAAUUAAUAACCUUUGUUUCUCUACCGAUGAGGACUCGGUGUGCUAGGAAGUGACAUUGUGAAGAUCAUCUUUUUGAAUCAGUCAGAAUUCUAAGCAUUUUUCAAGUGCUGAUCUGACAUUUUAGCACUUUAUUUCUUCAAUUAUCUUUGUGCCUCGUUGCUUUAUUUACCCUGCCUAUUGAUUUUAACACCAUGUGUUUUGCUAAUGAUUAGAGGGAAGAGUGGCAUGUAUUUAUCGAAUUAAUAAAUCCGAGCAGAUGUAGAUGUGAGUGCCACAGCUGGGUGAGGGAUCUAAAGCAGAAAUAAAAACUAAAGGGUCCAGAGAUCAUUUGGAGAAAGAUGAAGGACAGAUUGGCCGGUCUAGAUGUGUACUAGUACCUUCUUGAAGUGAAGGGACAUACCAAGGAAGCUGGGAGAUAGUUUUUAUUGCCUGAUUUAAAUCUUGCGGUCAGUACUACAAUCCUAGGUACUGUAUGCAUUCAGAUGAGCUCAGUGGACACCUGAAUGCGGUAAUCACCCCUAAUGCAACAUUUAUCAGUGUUAUUCAUGUACAACCCAAAGUGUUCUCCUCGUUUUUUGCCAAAGAGACAUUAAUUUUUUUUCAAUUUGUUUUUGCUCAAACUCUCUGGACCUUGUGCCAUGGUUUCAUCUGUUGUUUCUUGAAGUGGCGGUGUGAACACACACUGAAACACACCAAACACCUCUAACAAUGUGCCAAUCAUCUUGGCUUUGCUGUUAUUCAGAUGACUGAUGCUGGAGGUAUUUUUCAGAAGGAGAAAUGGGGGGACGUGAUGGUGUUGGAUCCUUUAUGUAAUUUCACUUUGAUGUACUUGUUUGGGAUAAAAGCUGAUUUAAACUGAA